AUGGUACGCAAGGUUGCUAUUACAUUGACCGCCGCGUUUUCUGCUGCUGUAGAAGCGGUAGCAAUUAUCGACAAGCGGAUUGUAGGCGGAGAAGAUGCUAAGGACGGCGAAUUUCCAUUCAUCGUCAGUAUCCAAGAUAAUGCGAGGACUCAUACUUGCGGAGGUAGCUUGUUGGACAGUACUACUGUUCUGACCGCUGCUCAUUGCAUUGGAGAUGGAGGAGGUCUUGGCCUCUUCGUGAAGGCAGGAACGCUGAGUCAUGAGACAGGUGGAGUAGAUGCAAAAGUUGCAUACGGAAAGGUGCACCCUAAUUACGAACCGGGUUCGCGUAAAGGAUCUGGUCCUUUUGGUAUUAAUGACAUUGGCAUCUUGAAAUUAUCAACUCCGAUUGAGAAGAGCGAGACGAUUGGCUAUGCGACGCUGCCGGCGAACGGCUCGGAUCCCGUAGCCAAUUCCAUCGCAACAGUGGCAGGCUGGGGCACACAAGACUUCGCAGGCGGCGGAUAUGGCUCUCCAGUUGACAGACUUAGCAAGGUUGCCAUUCCUGUUCACGCACGCGAAGACUGUUCAAACCUUAGCCCAGGUGCGGCUGGUAGAGACACAGUAGUGUGCGCUGGGGGAGAUGGCAAGAAUAUAUGCAGGCUUGAUAGCGGCGGUCCUCUUAUCGACUCGGAAACGGGAGAGUUAAUCGGUCUCGUGUCAUGGGGCAUAAAGGAUACACAAAAUACCAUCUGCAACCUGGCUCCCUCGGUGUAUACCAGGGUUGGCAGCUACAUCCCUUUUAUUAUGGAAAAUCUUGGGGCAUCUGGCUCUGGUCUUAAUACUGAUUCUCAGAUCAUGACUGUAGCCGACGAAAAGUCCACCCAGUCGCCCAAGUCAGUAGAUCAACGGCUUCAGGACCACUGCGGCCGCCUUGGAAACGACAAGGGUGCCUGCUUGUACGCCGCACGUCGCUGCACAGGCCAAGUGAAACCCGACACUGCGAUCCAGGAAUUCCUCCAAUGCGUUGACAGAGUGCAAGUCUGCGCGGACCAAGGCUUUAGCUUUGACCAAUGCGUAGCCAACGCGAGGGUGUGCAAGGAACAGGAGAACUUGCCUCUUGGGGAUCUGGCAAAGCUUGCUGGGUGUGCCAAGAAAAGUCCCUAA